AUGGCGACACCGUACCAGGCUGGGGUCGUGAACUAUACGUGCCCGCCAGUCCGGCGCAACCCUCAUCGAUCCACCGACCAUGGCGCGCCUUCUCUCCUCGUCCUCGUCCUCGCGGUGGCCGCCGCCCUCGCCCUAUCGCUGCCCGUGCGCGCUUCUGGGACUCCCUCGUCGUCGUACCGCUGCGGCUGGUGCACGCGCCGAUCCAUCGCCUCCCUCCUCCCUCUCUACGUCGGCGUCCUCACCAGCGCCGCGUGUGGAUACGGUGACCCGGCCAAGCUCGCCGCCGUCGGGGGGUUCCACAUUGCAGCCGUCAGCGCUGGAUUCUUCCGCGGCGGCCGGGCCUGCGGCGCCUGCUACCAGCUGAGGUGCAGGGACCGGAGCGCGUGCGCAGAGGGCGGCGUCAAGGUCAUCAUCUCCGACGUGGCGAAACCGGCGACGGGCACGAACAGGACAGGCGGCAGCCAGUUCCAGCUCACGAAGGACGCGUUCGCCGCCUUGACCGCUUCUCGUGACGAUGGUCAGCUCGGGAGCUUGGUGGACACAGCCGUCGACGUCGACUUCAGGAGGAUACCUUGCGCAUACAAGAGCAAGAACCUGGCGGUGAGGGUGGAUGAGACCAGCAGCAGGGAUAAGGGCCACCUCGCCCUUCGCUUCCUCUACCAGGGCGGCCAGACCAACAUCACCACCGUCGAGGUCGCGCAGGCGGCGACACCUGAUGCCGCGCAGAGUGCUGCCGCACCGUCGCCGACGAAAUGGCAGUACAUGACAUGGCGCGAGGGGUCACCAGGGGUGUGGCGCACGUCGCACGCACCGGCUGGCCCGCUGCAGGUCAGGGUCGUGGUGACCGCGGGCUCCGUCGGCAAGUGGCUGUGCGCCGACGGGGCGGUGCUCCCCGCGGAGUGGCAGCCAGGCACGGUCUACGACACAGGGCUGCGCGUCACCGACGUCGCCGCGCACACAUGCAGUUGCGCCUCCACCUCCGGGGACGACGGCGAAGAGGAGUAGGAGCUCAGUUGACGACGCAGACGCGCGCUCGGACCAGGCCUGCACGCCAUCGGCCGGCCGCCGGGAAGGUCGAUGAUGCAUUGCUGCUGCUGCAUGUACACUGCACGGAUGUGUACGUGUUCCGCUGCAUCUACAUCGUGACACGCAGCACACGCGGAAAAGGGAAGAGAAACGGAGAAAGAGGCAUAAUAGCAAAAAGGAACCCGAAAGAAAUGGAAGUUCGCAACGACGCCCUUGGGAUAUUCCAACCUAGACCCCUUCAUCGCCUACAACUUCUCGUCGUCGUCAUCGCUGAAGCUCCGCCGGAAGAAAUGGUGCGUGCUCUAUGAUUGUGCUUCCACCAUGACGGGCGGCCAUUGACCACACUUGCAAGUAGCUAGUGCAUACUAGCUAGUGGGCUAUACAUAGGCACGGUUGAUAAUUGAGAUCGUUGUCAUUGUACUCAUGCAUGCACUACAUGAGUGGGUGGGUGAGCUAUCGGCAUUAGGCAUUCGGCAUCUACCCAGCGGGCCAAGUCCAAAGAUCUUGCGGCCAUUGCUGAUUCUUAUUCCACCGUCUUCUCUAUGGAAUUAGUUUGGUGACAUUUAUCUCUACUUCCUCUGUCCCAUAA